CGCCGCGCCCGCCGCCAGCCUCGCGGCACUCGCGCUGCCCUCCCGUGUGCCGCAUGUGCGGCUCGGACGCCGACGUGGCGGGGUCCGCUGCGACCGUGUGAUUGUCCGGCCAACGCCAGCGCCAGCUCCGCCCCGUCCGGGGCUGCCCCCAGGUCGCCGCCAGGAUGAUUGACCCCAGCUCGUCGGAAGAGGAAGAGGAGGAGGAGCAGGAGGCGCCGAGGGCGGUGGCCUCCGCCUCGGCCCUCGAGGUCACGCCCAACACCAACUCUUUGACCCGGUCCGUCAGGUCCAUCUCCCCCGCCAGUGCUGUAUCGGCGGACACGCUCAGUGUCGGCGGCAGUACAUAUGGCAGCACAUAUGGCAGCGUCAGCCGACAUAACAGCAUCGCCGGAAGGCCCACCUCGCCAUCGCCGUCACUCGCCAGCGAGAAGACCGUCACUGAGCACGACCUGCAGGACAAACAAGAGCGAGAGGAGGAGGAGCGGAAGAAGCGACUCCAGCUGUACGUCUUCGUUCUCCGCUGCAUAUCAUACCCAUUCAACGCCAAGCAGCCCAACGACCUGACCAAGCGGUACCAGAAGGUCACGAAGCAGCAGCUGGAGGUGAUCCAGGGCCGGUUUCAGAGCUUUCUGAAGGGAGAGUUGCAAAUUGUGGCGGACGAGGCGUUCCAGAACGCCAUCCACAGCUUCACAGAGGCGGUGCUGAGGUCGGAGAGGCUGGCCAGAAUGGUGCAGUCCGGCGCCUGCUCGCAACAUGAUCUCAAGGAGAUCUUUAAGAACAUGAUCGAAAAACGCGUCAGGUGCCUCCCCGAGAUAGAUGGCCUGAGCAAGGAGACGGUGCUCACUUCCUGGAUGGCCAAGUUCGACUGCAUCCUGAAGGUACCGGGAGACGACGACCAGCGGAAACCGUCCCGACUUCAAAACAGCGGCAACUCAGAGCUCAUCCUCAGCAAGGAGCAGCUGUACGACAUCUUCCAGAACAUUCUCGGUGUCAAAAAGUUUGAACACCAGCUGCUCUACAACGCGCUGCAGCUGGAUUCAGCCGACGAACAAGCGGCCGCUAUCCGCCGUGAGCUGGAUGGUCGAAUGCAGAAGGUCGCCGAGAUGGAGCGGAAUCGACGUCUGAUGCCAAAGUUUGUGCUGAAAGAAAUGGAAUCAUUGUACGUAGAAGAGCAGAAGUCGGAAAUAAAUAAGCUGAUGGUCAACUUGGAGUCGUUGCCUGUCUCCAAGGGCUCGACGGACUCCAAAUAUGGUCUUCAGAAGUUGAAGAAGUACAAUCACAGCGCCAGCGCCAGGGCCGAUUGGAACGGCCAGACCAGUUCAUUAGCCGUGGAAAGCUUGUUAGAUGAUUCCAAAACUGUGAGCUGCUGGUUUAACCGGCGACGUAGCUCUGUGCUAAGGUCACAGGCUUCCAUUUCUAGGGCUGAAGGUGACAGUCUGGACGCCGACACAACGCUCUCCAAGAUGGACGUGGUGCUGUCGUUCUCGCUCGAGGUGGUGGUCAUGGAAGUACGAGGCCUCAAGUCGCUGGCGCCCAGCAAGAUUGUCUACUGCACGAUGGAGGUGGAGGGAGGCGAAAAGCUGCAGACGGACCAGGCCGAGGCCUCCAAACCCAUGUGGGACACCCAAGGCGACUUCACCACCACCCACCCGCUGCCGGCCGUCAAGGUCAAGCUGUACACAGAGGCGGCCGGCAUGCUCUCCCUCGACGACAAGGAGCUGGGCAAGGUGGUGCUCCAUCCCACGCCCUUCACCUCCAAGAUGCCAGAGUGGCACAAAAUGACCGUACCUAAGAACGGUCAGGACCAAGACCUCAAGAUCAAGAUCGCCUGCCGCAUGGACAAGCCCUUGAACAUGAAGCAUGGCGGCUACCUGUACUGUCUGGGGAAGACGUGCUGGAAGAAGUGGAAGCGGCGCUACUUCGUGCUCGUGCAGGUGUCACAGUACACGUUUGCCAUGUGCACGUACCGCGAGAAGAAGUCGGAGCCGACCGAGAUGAUGCAGCUGGACGGCUACACCGUUGACUACAUGGAACCGGCCAGCGCUCAACUGAUGGUUGGAAUGGACCUGGAGGGCGGCCGCUUCUUCUUCAACGCGGUGCGCGAAGGCGACGGCAUCCUGUACGCCUGCGAGGACGAAAACGAGUGCCACCUGUGGGUCAUGGCCAUGUACCGCGCCACCGGCCAGAGCCACAAGCCCACGCCGCCAGUCAUGUCCCAGGGCAAGAACACUACCCUCUCCAAGCUGCAGGGCGACGCCGACCGUGCCCGAAAGCACGGCAUGGACGAGUUCAUAUCGGCCGACCCGUGCAAGUUCGACCACGCUUCACUGUUCCAGUUCCUGCAGGCCCUGACUUUGGAGCACCGCCUCAAUGAGCCGAUCGCCUCGUUGGGCUGGCUCAGCCCCGGCCAGGUGUUCGUCAUGGAUGAGUACUGCGCCCGCUACGGCGUGCGCACCUGCUUCCGCCACCUGGCCUACCUGCGCGACCUGCUAGCGCACAGCGAGAAGGGUAGCAUGAUCGACCCCAUGCUCAUCCACUGCAGCUUCUCCUUCUGCGCCAGCCACGUGCACGGCAACAGCGUUCAAGAGGAUGGCAGCAUCAACAUCGGACCGGACGGUGUGGGCAGCGUACUGCACGACGAAAAGGAAAAAUUCCAGGAGAUCAAGGAGCAGCUGGACAUGUUGCUCGAGAACCAGAUCGCCAACUUCAG